AUGAUUAAUAAAUCAAAUAUGGAUCAAGAAAUUAGUCAAAUAAAUUCAGGUGCUAUCAGCAUCACAUAUACAAUUCCAGGUGUACCAAAUGUUCAAACUGUUCCAUUUGGAGAACUUGAUAAAUAUCAUCAAGCUCAAAUGAAUAAUGGUAUUGUAUUAGGUGUUACAAUAGGUGCUUCAUCAAUGUUAUUGAUUGUUUUAUUAGGAAUUUUGUAUAAAAAAUUCAAGACUUUGAAAACCUCAUUAUUAUUUAACUUAAAUAUUGGAAUUUUACUUAUGAUUAUUUUCAGAUCUGGUUGUUACAUUAACUAUUUAUUAAAUAAUUUAGCAAGUAUUAGUUUUAAUUUUACAGGUGUUUAUAAUGGAGAAAGUUUUGCAAGUUCUGAUGCGGCAAAUGGAUUUAAAGUAUUGUUAAUUACAUUAAUUCAAGCUUCAUUAAUUUAUCAAAUAUAUGUCAUGUUCAAAAAUCCUACUUUUAAAAAUUGGGGUAUAUUAGCAUCAAUAUUAGCUGGUUCUUUAGCACUUGCAUCAAUUGCUACUCAAAUCUAUAGCACUAUUAGAUCUCAUUUGAAUUUUGUUGCUGGUACUUCAGGUUCACCAAUUAGAAUUGAUGGUAUUUUAAUGGAUUUACCAACAAUUUUAUUUUCAGUAAGUAUUAACAUCAUUUCAAUCUUAUUAACUAUUAAAUUGGGAUUAGCUAUUAAAACAAGAAGAUAUUUAGGAUUAAAACAAUUUGAUUCAUUUCAUAUUUUAUUCAUUAUGUCAACUCAAACUAUGGUUAUACCAUCAAUUAUUUUAUUUGUUCAUUAUUUUAAUUAUAAACAUGCUAAUACUACGUUAAUUAAUGUAUCAUUAUUAUUAAUUGUUAUAUCAUUACCCUUAAGUUCUUUAUGGGCUCAAACUGCCAAUGAUGUUAGAAAAAUUAGUUCAUCACCAAGUAUGUCAUUCAUUUCAAGAUCUUCAUCAAAUUAUAGUAAUAAUCAAGAUACUUUAGGCAGUGCAUCUUCAAGAAUUUCUAAAUUCAAUACAAUAGCAUCUUCAAGUUCAACAACUCCAGUAACAUUAAAAGGUGGAAUGGAUGAUGCAGACUCAUUUGAUUUAAAUAGGAAUCUGGAUUCAAAUCCAUUGGGAAGUACAGUCAAUACUGGAUUACCAAGGGAUUUGGAAAAAUAUUUAAAUGAAGAUAUUGAUGAAGGUAUUAUUGCAAGAGAAAUUACCAUUUUAAAAGAUUAA